AUGUGUGAGAAGAUAAGAUUAUACUUGAUGACUAGGAUGCAAAAGAAUAGGGACAGAAUGAGCUCUUAUCAUUCCAAGGUGUGUCCAAGAAUUCUGAAAUUAAUAGAGGAAGGCAAAGAUAAGUGUGCUAGAUUCACUGCAUAUAAAUCUGUUGAUGAAAUUUACCAAGUUGAUGAUGAAAACUUCAAGCCUUUCAAAGUAGAUUUGAGUGCUAGGCAGUGUAGUUGCAGGAGAUGGGACCUUAGUGGCAUCCCAUGUACACAUGCCAUUGCAGCUAUAAGGAAAAAGGGUGACCUGCCAGAACACCAUGUGCAUGACUAUUAUUCAGUGGAGCACUAUCUCAGAUCAUAUGGCCCUGCAAUCUUGCCAAUCAGAGCUAAAGAAUUAUGGCACAAAACUGCUAUGCCACCAAAGUAUAAGCCACAACCCGGAAGGCCAAAAAAGAAGAGGAAAAUUGAUCCAGUUGUAGAGAAGCCAGAUCAAAAAAAGGCAACCAAAAAAGGUGAAGUUAAAAAGUGUAGGGUUUGUGGCAUGACAGGUCACAAUAGGACAACCUGCAAGGGAAAAAGCCAACAGGUACAAGAACAAGACUGUCAAGGUGUACCAAAACCAGACUCCAAUGUGGCUGCAAAUAUUGAUGUUCAAGACCAAUUCCAAGAUGUGGUAGUUGAGACACAAGUUUCAGAUUUUGUGUUAAAUGAAAUGGAAUCAAUGUCAUCCCAACCAUCUCAACCUGAAAGCAAUGUCAUUCCAACAGUAUCAAACUUCAUUUCAUCUACAAUAGCUAAUGAACCUACACCUUCAAGGAAGCAAUUCAUCACUGUUGGAGGAAUCAAAUAUACUUUAUGCUGUGGGUAUGGUUUUGGCCAGUAUGGUAUGGGUUUGAGCAGUAUGGCUUAG